ACUACUUGUCCCAAGAUGCAGUUCCGCACCUCCCGGCUCCCUAGUUACUAUCGCCUAGCGGUGGGUUUGGAGAAAGGGAUUAAGGCUUAUCAAAGUUUUGGCUUUGUUGCAAAAGCAAAUCAAGACUUAAAUUUUCUCUGGCGAACAAGUGUAUAGAUUGUGACGUAUGUCCGUCCAAGAAAUAAAUAAGCAUGCAGUUCUCCCUCCUAUCAUUAGUAGAAGUGACAAGGAAUUUUUGGAAAGAAUGCAAAGAUACAUAAUUACAGAAACUGAAAGAGUGUGCUGUAAUGAGGAAGGACCUGCUGAUGAAUAUUACAUCAUAUACCGAAAUGUUUUUGAUAAGGUAAUAGAAUAUGUCACUGCAUACAAAUCCAUUCUUACUUCAAUCAAAAAAGAAUAUGACACGUUUAUUGAGACAAUAAAGAAAGGCCAAAGAACUGCAUUUUAUCUUCAUGGAAAACUUAGAGUUUUGGCAGGAGAGCCCACAGCAUUGGUAUAUCACAGGAAAAGAAUAGCCCAACUUCAAGCAAAGAUGGGACUUAUUGAAAAUAAUUCCUCAAAGAUUCAAUUGCAGAUAAAUGAAAUGAAACAAGUCAGGGCAAAGUAUGACACAAAAGAAGAACAACUUUGUACUUGCUGCAAAGAGCCUUUAAAACCUAUUCCAGGCAUGACUCUCCAAGAAUCUGUCAGUUUGGAUGCUCUCACUAAAUACUUGAAACAUCUUGAAGGUAAAUACGCAGAAAUUGAAGAACUUAUGUCCAAAAAAUACGUACCCAUUCAGAGGAAGGCAGAUUUAGAUGAGGAAAUGACUGUGGUAUUAGAACGGCGAGAUUCAACUGAAAAUUUGAAUAAUGAAUUACAGUUUAGUCAUCAAAGACUGCAGGUUAUUUCACAAGCACUUACUUUGUGGGUAAAAUCUGAUAGGAGCAGAUCAUUUCAAGACAUCGUGGAGAACAUUCAGAAAAGUAAAGAUUUACACGAUAAACAAGGCAUUGUUGAAGAACUACUUGAAGAAGACCCAAGCAAGGCAAAAGAAACUGAAAUUUUGCUGUACUUCAUUGAAAGGUUCAAUGAAUUAAUCUCACUUGGGGAAUAUGAAAAGGCAGUUUAUUUUGCAGUGAAUGGUCCUAGAAGAAUUCUUCACAACAUUGGGACAGUGAAUAAAUUUAAGGCUAUUGGAAAAAUUAGAGGAAAACCUUCCCCGUUACUCUUAUUUUUUGAGGCUGUCUUUAGCAUAAGUCAUGCUUUUAGACAUCCUGUUGAUGCAGUGCUAACUCUGGAAGGAAUCAAGUGUGGAUUGUCUGAAAAACGUUUAGACUUAGUCAUCAACUGGGUCACCCAGGAAAGGCUGACAUUUUCUGAGGAGGCUGGGGAUGUGAUUUUUGAUUAUGGGGAGCAGGAUACUUAUAAUAAGGCCAAAUGUCUGGCUUUAGCUCAGAUUAUCUACAGUGAAUGUGGCUUGCACAAGAAGGCUCUUCUUUGCCUAUGUAAACAGGGUCAGAUUCAUGGGGCCAUGGAAUACAUACAACAAUUCAAGGAUUUUACUUCUGAUGACCUGAAGCAGCUAAUAAAGUUAUGUCCCAACAUUGAAUUGAUUCAGUGUCUCACUAAAGAAUGGAAUGGGAAACCACCAUAUUUAUCUUUUGGUCUUGCUGUACUUCACCUGUUCUCUGUAGACAUGAGAAAAGUUGGGAUUAAGCUACUUCAAGAAAUAAGUAAAGGUGGGAAAGAUGCAGUUGAACAUCUUAUGAUAAAUGAUCCAUUUUGCUCCCUAGAAAAGUGGCAAGAAGUAGCAAAUGUAUGUUUACAGAAUGGCUUUGACCAAUUAUCUAAUGACAUUAUGUCUGUUCUUCGAUCUCAAGCUGGGGUUACAGAAAUUUCUGAAGAGGAUGAUACAGUCAACUUAAUGCAGCAUGUCUUUUGGUAGUUCUACAUCUUAGCCAGUUGAGGGAGCCUGUAUAACAUUUUAUGUAUAUUGGUUGGGUAAACUGGUUUUGGUAUAACUUGUAAAUAAAUCUGGAGUGUGAAGGUCUCAGAAAUAAAUCAUGCUUCUUUUAUUAUGAUGA